CCCAUAUACGCAUCCAUGUGUAUCUUGAUCAAUUCCACUUGCUGGCUACUUAGGAAGCUCCACACGAAACCUCUCUUGUAGAAUUUUAUCAAAGUGCAAGUCCUGAUCAUAGUAUAUAAGGUUAUAUAUUAAAACCCACCUCCCACACACUCACAAACGCCCAAUCCAGCUUCAGUAAUACUUUCCCAUUCUCCACAAUCCAAUCAGCUUGGUUAAUUCCGGCCGCCCGUGUAGCAUGAACCUCCCAAACGGCCUCUCCCCCUACCUUCUCCAUCCCUACUCUUCCGCCGCCGUCCCCACCUUCCCCCCGAACCACCCCUACCCGGCCGCCGCCCCCCCUGAUUGCAGCUACGCAUCAAUGGACGGCCUCGAUUGCUCCGAUUAUUUCAACCCCUCCUCCGACUAUCUUAUGCCGGCCAUGGAUGACGACUCCUCUUCCAGCUUUAAUACGACGUCGCCCACCCAGAUGGAUAGUUCUGCAGCUCCUGCCAAUUCCUUCUUCUCCACGGCCUCCGGCGACUCAUCUUUGAGCAGUAGCGACCACAUGAGUUGUAAUGGUGACCUGAAGAGGACGAUGGAGGAUGUUGGGUGUCGUAUUGCGUUUCGAACAAGAUCAGAGCUUGAGGUCAUGGAUGAUGGCUAUAAAUGGAGGAAGUAUGGGAAGAAGGCAGUCAAGAAUAGCCCUAAUCCAAGGAAUUAUUAUAAAUGCGCGAGGGCAGGAUGUGAUGUGAAGAAGAGAGUGGAGAGGGACAGAGAGGACCCGAGCUAUGUGAUAACGACAUACGAGGGAGUACACAACCAUGAAAGCCCAUGCGUGGUCUGUUACAAAGAAAUGCCGCUUGUGGUUCCCAGUGGAUGGACUUUGCAAGCUUACCACUCUUCUCAAUUUCAAGUAUGAGAUCCAGAACAAUGCUUGUAUUCCCUAGUUAAUUUUUCAUAUAGCCAUAACAAGUUUGAAUCAUAUAGUUUGUAUUAUAUUCUAGUACAAAGAAGAAGAAAAAAAUGCAGCUGGUUUUGCUAUUUGGGCACGUUUAA